GUGACGGUCUGAAUGGCGAAACGAGUCUGUCGAUACGUUUGCGCGUUUAUCUUUCUGAUAAUUGGACUAGCACUUAUCUUCUUGUCUCUCUUCUUGUUGCCUGUGUUGAGGGAUGCUUUCGUCAAUAAGUCAUUGCAUAGUGAUGCUGUAUUGAAGGAGGGAUCUGUUGCUUUUAAGGAGUGGAAAUCUCCUGGAUCUGCUGUUUACUAUGUUAUUAGUGUCUAUAACGUUACGAAUGCAGAUAAUGUCAUGAAUACGAAGGCGAAACCGAAUGUGACUGAGCUGGGACCUUACUACUAUAGAGAGCACAAAAACAAGACAAAUGUCACGUUCACAGACAAUGGCAAGGUUGUGAAGUAUAAACUCCAUGACAUGUAUGUGUUUGAUCGCACUAAGACAGCAAGUCAUCUUGACCCAGACAAAGAUCUUAUCACUUGUCUAAAUGUUCCCUACAUGGCUGUUGUUGAUCAGUACAUUAAAGGCAAACUUAAUUAUGUGGAAUUACUCGGUCUGAAGGCACUUGCAAAGGAUCCAAGCGUGUUUAUUAAACACACAGUCACAGAGCUGGUGUGGGGAUAUCAAGACUCUUUGACUGAAUUUCUACAUAAGGAUAACAAGCUGCCAUCUUCCACUUUUGGAUUAUUUGCCAAUGAUUCUAGCGCUGACUGGACUUCAUAUAGCAGUGUUCGCACAGGUAUUGAUGACCUCAAUUCUGUUGGUCAGUUUGUAUCUUGGAGAGGCAAGAAUAGUCUUUCUUAUUGGAAUGGAACUUAUGCCAACAUGAUCAAUGGAACAGAUGGGACUUUCUUCCAUCCUCACUUGCACAAUCAGGAAGACGUUGUAGUAUUCGUUGACAGCUUGUACAGAUCAACGAACUUGACACACCAAGCAAAUGUAAGUCAGUAUUCAAUCUCACUCUAUCGUUACGUCAUUCCCAAGUGGGAGCUACAGAACAGAACCGUCUAUUCAGCAAACUCUAUGUGGUACGCCAACUGGUUCUGGGGACUUUUAAAUCUCUCUGCACCACUCUCAGCUCCUGUAUUUAUGUCGAAACCUCAUUUCUUGGAUGCUGAUCCCGAAUUUCUAACAAACGUGACUGGAAUGAAGAAUCCUGAAGCAGAACAAGAUGACACAAUGAUGGAUGCUGAACCUCUGACUGGUUUUGUUUUUAACGUUCACAAGCGACUGCAGGUUAACGUGAGACUGCAGCAGCACUCAACUACGUUGAAUGCUCUUGGAGUGUCCAAUGUUCGUGACACGCUUGUACCAGUUGCUUACAUCGAUCAGACAGCGUCUGCUAACAAGACAACUUGUGAUGAAUUCAGAGAUAAAGUUUACAAACCAAUUGAGAUUGUUAACGACGUGAGGUGGGGCCUGGUUGGGCUUGGAGGUGCUAUGACUGCUGUGUCUGUCAUCUUGUUGGGCUAUUGGAUGUUCCGCAGCAGAAAACGAGGUUAUGAGCCUCUUUCCUCAUUGCCACGUCUAUCUACUCAAGACGUGUAGCAAACAUUCAUACAGACAACACGACAUGUAAUACAUACAAAUAUAGCUGCGUUUGCUCUUUGUCUCUGUAUUGGCCGAGUUUUGCUGUUGAAUUAUUGUAAUAGAAUUGCAACAUGGCCAAUAGAAUUGUUAUAGUUGAUGACUUGAUGGAUACUUGUGAUGACAUUGUCUUGAA